AUGGAAGCUUCUUUCGACCAGAAAAUAAAUGUUGUAUACCUCGACGAAAGUCGCAGAACUCCUGUGCAUCGUGCUGCUCUGGAUGGUAAGUACGAACAGGUGGAAGAAAAAGUACGAGUCGCCUCUGACCUGGAUGACCAAGAUGAACAAGAAAGGACCCCACUGCAUGAUGCGACCAGACACGGACACAGGUACCUUUGAGCGGUUUAUCUCAAAGAGAUUUAAGGUUAAGUGUCAUUAUGUGAAACGUAUGAUUCCGAACAAAUGCCACAGUUGGUGAAGCCAAACACAGUUUUCGUCCCCUUUGAUUCUGAUCAGCGAAAAUAAUACUUUCUGUAAAAUCUACAAGUUGCAGUGGAUGCGUAGUUAUUAACAAGAGGGUCUUGAUGGGGUGUAGCUUUUACGGCUAACGCUUAAAAAUACUGGCCAAUCUAUGGCUAACGGUUAAUAUCUUUUCAAUGUGGUCGACCAAUGGUUACCGCCAUUGAGACCCUAUUUAUAGAAUCAAACUGUAGAAUUCUUAAAAAGUUUUGAAUUUGAAGAUUUUGAAAGAAUGAAUCAUUGAAAAAAGGAAGUAUAAGAAUUGACACCAAUUGAAGUAAAUGAAAGGGCUACACUGGAAAAAUAAAGUAAGUGCAUUGCUUUCUGUUGUAUGAGAAACGGCGGCCAAAGGGUUGACGCGCUGGGUUCUAUCCUUGGCCUGGUUGCUGUGUUGUGAUCCAGUACAAGACAUCUCCCACAGGGCCUAAGGGUCAAGGGGGGGGAGUAGCCCAGGAUGGGCUAUCAUACCCUUCUGGGGGUACAACCAAUACUUCUGGUUGCUCUAUGCCACGGAAGCUACGGUAAGUUUCGACUCUCUAGGCACCAAACAUAAGAGCAGAUUUUAUCUUAAUAUUCUAAAGGGAUAACUAAUGUUACAAGUUCCCUUCUAUCACGAGGAAUUGAAUUUUAGACCAUUAGUCUUGAAUCCAGCAUUGCAACUCUUCGGUUGCGUUGCCUCCUGGAAAGAUGAUUAUAAGAUUAAACAUUGAACUAACACAAAGCGUAAAUGUUUGAGUUUUCGUUUUCUACAUGCAGGAAAGUUUGCCACACUCUGUUACAACACGGCGCUAACUCUUCUUUCAAAAACAGAGAACACUGGACACCACUUAUGAGUGCAGCAGACCUGGGCAAGGAACAGUCGUGCCAAGAUAUACUCACUGUUAAUCCACAGACUGAUGACGUGAACAUGGAUGGAGAGACAGCAUUGCAUAUUGCGUGUAGGAGAGGACAUGUGAGCGUUGUCAACCUGCUAAUGGACCACGGGGCAAGUUUGAAUGUUUGUAACAAAGAUGGUGUAACGUGUUUUGAGGCAGCCGCCAAGGCAGGAAAGAGCAAAGUUGUGUUUGUAAUGAUAAAGCAUAAAAGGUAUGAACAGUUACCCCAGACUGAACUGGUAUCUACCAUUUAUACUCAAAGUUUUAAUGGCAGGAAGUAGGAGACUCGACCUGCACGUGACGGCCGAAAAGCAAGAGUAUAGAAGAGCAUUACGAAAGUUGGGCAAGCUGUGCGAUGAAAACAACGGUCUCCUCUUCGUUUGGCGCUACGAUUAAGGCGUUUUCCUUGCUUUUAAGACAGCUAAAAAUGGUAAAAUAAAUUUCUAAAACCAAGCCUUAGAUGGAACUUAGCUUUAGUGCCAUUCUUUCCUCUGUUUUCUCGUAUCCAUGGAAAUUCUCGACUCUUUCUCAAAAUGCAGUCGUGAUCAUUAUUCUGACACCUAAGGUCACUUCAGCAGAGCCAAAGCCUCUCAGAAACACCCUUAUGUUUAACCUUAUGUAAGCUUCACCCAAAACUUAGUUCGGUUCCCCCUUUUUAACUCGUGAAUUGCCCGCAUGCGCAAGAGCGAGUUGUAGAUACGAUGUGGGGAAUAGCACUCGUUCGCUCGCUCGCUUGCUCGAUUGGUCGAUUCCUGUAAACUUUUUUUCAAGUGAGUGCAUUUGAUAGUUUUUGGUGAGCAAUAAACAAACGAAAGGGCGACCUUUGUUGCUAAGAAUAGUGGUGGGGUGAAAAAGAAGCCAAUGAUAAUCUUAAAAGAGUUUUUUUUUUUCGUUUUAGUCUCAACAAGCGGCGCAAGCGACUGGCAGGCAUGCAAGGAUUCACACUGAAAUAACAGAACAACCUUCGUUUUCCAUAAAAUUGUAAUUUACAACCCUUGAACUUGAAAAAAAUCCGAAGAUUCAUUGAAAAUAUCACUUACUACGAAGCGCUCGGAGUUUACAGAUGUUCAAAAGCUUCUUCUGUUAUGGCGUGAUUGAGGAUAAAAUCAAUCAUUACGUUUCGUAUCGUGUGUUUUUCCUGUGUGAAGCAACAAAAAAAGCCGGCGACUGACGAAAUUACAAGUUAACACGAUAAUCAAAUAAUGCCUAAACAACAAAUUUCAGCUACCGAUUUUCAGUGAAUUUUUAAAGAACAAUUUUCUUUUAAGUUUCAAAACUAUUUGAAGAUUCAAAAUACAUAUUACGUACUAAGAUGCGAAAGUUAUACACUACAAAAUUGAUAAAUAGGCCUGAAAUGAAAUUCUAUCUGGUUAUUGAUUAUACGUUGCCUAGCACGUGACUAAAAUCUACCCAGGAGAUCCAAAAUGACGGUGGCAGUCUUGGCUUAGUUAUAUCGCUCAAAACUCGUUCCCGUUUGUCUCAUUUGAUAAAGAGGGAAUCGUUAACGUUUUCAAUAUUUUCUUGAUUUUCUAAUAUUUACAAUGACAGACAGUAAAUUUCACUUUUCACCCACAUUCACUUCCAACCUUUUCUUUUGAACCAGAAACAAAAAUGAUAUACGUUUAAAACACGACAUCAUCCACCCUUGUCAAAUGUAAUAGCAUGAUCAUUUCAAUUGUAAUGCCUUCUUAUCCCAAAGUUACUUUGUUUCUUUGCUACAUUAGCGAGCACUGAACUACUGCUCGUACUCUAGAUAUGACAAUCAACCACAAAAUUCCCUAAACCAGAUAACAUUAAACAUAAUCCAAAAAAUCAUGUGUCAAUUCACGAGUUUGCUCACAGAGCACUUUGAUUCUCAAUCGAAUUGUCAAGCUUUAAUUAAAACCUCAGAUAAAUACCACCCAGGAUCUCCUGCACUUUGUUAUAGCUGGGGAUUUUUUGAUACGUUUUGUUAGGGAAACACACGAAAAGUGUUUUAGUGUCCGUUCAUUAAUAAUUAGUAUUUUAGGAUAAACCUCUUCAUGAGCCAUCUUGAGCUUCCUUCCUCGGAUAACCGAAAGAAAAUCUGUUUAGGUUAAGAUACAAUCUCAAGAUUUGUUAGACACAGGGGUCAAUGAUUGAUUGAGCUUGGUCCGGCGGAUCGGGAAAUAUUUGACUCUGACUCUGUUUUAUUGCUUCUGAACAGAUGGAUGGAAAUAAUGGAACACAAGGAUAAGAACGGCCUUACCCCCAUGAAGCUUCUCAUAAAACACUUCCCAGAGAGUGCACAGCUGGUCAUGGAUUACUGCAUUGAUCGAUCAGAGAUAGAAAGUUCCAGUGAUCCAAAUUUUACCAUUACUUGCAACCUCCGUUUCCUAGACCCCGGACCUACUAACGCUAUUUGCCAGAGAGGAAGCCAUUUCUUUGGACCGAGCACCAUGGUGAAACACGAACGUAAAGAAUUACUCGAGCAUCCUUUGACACAGGUCUUGCUGAAUAAGAAGUGGUCUUCUUUCGGGCGCUUGGUGUUCUACUUUAACUUUAUGUUCUAUUUUGUCUUUGUUGUCAUGUUUACAGCUUUCUUAAUCCGAUUCAUGCAGAACGGUGAUACAGGAUUGGGAGAUUCUUUUAUGUAUCCAAUAGUAUUUUUACUUUUUGGCGUCCGAUUCAUUAAGGAAGUUAUUGCGAUAGUUGUCCAGAGGCUUCAUUAUUUCACCACUUUAAGUAAUCUUACUGAAUGGAUACUCUACAGUACGACGGGUUUCUUCAUGUUUUCACUUUUCGCUUUCGAUUUGACAAUUCCGUUUGACGGCCCUGAGAAGCGUCAUAAUCGUUAUCCACAAUUAAUCUGGGUAUUUGGUGCCAUUUCGAUUUUCCUUUGCUAUGCGAACCUAGUCUUGGUUCUUUGUCGGUUGAGUCUGGUUGGAAUCUAUGUCACCAUGUUUAUAGAUGUCACUAAGUCGGUUUUAAAAGUACUUCUGAUCUUCUUUGUCUUGUUCUUUGGGUUCUCCAUGGUGUUCUACGUCCUCUUUAAAUCAGAGGUAAGAUGAAAUGAGAGAUAAGUGUGUAUGUAAGUAAUUUGCUUCUGUUUGUGAUUUAUGUGAGUUUUUUCCCUUUUUUAUCAUGCUCGUAAUUUAAAACCCAAAGUAAAAAUAUUCCUUAUUCUGUACCUUUUUGCGCCGUUUAUUGACUCGCUCAAUAGCAACAAGCCUGACAGAUUUGUUUACAGUAAUUAAUUAAAAUGUCACCGGAUUUUGGGCUCAAUAUGGGUGCAGCAAAUGCCUAAUCGUAUCUUUUCAGUGCUCUUUGACGACAUAUAAAGCUCGCUCGGUCUUGUCAAGGGUAUCUUGGAAUCAUGACUCAACUAAAAUCGCCUCAUCUUCUAACGGAACGCGCCAAAAAGGAACGAUUAAGGAUGACAUAACGUUAUAGUAAGCGAAAUAUGCAAUAAUGAUAAACAAUAAACAACUCCCAAGAUCUGAUUGUUAAUUCUCCCCUCUAGCUGCUACACACUUCCUUUUAAAUUAGUUAAGAGAAUAUGGUGUUAGAUUAAGAAAAACAACUUUUGUGUGAUAAGUUUAUUCUCAUUACCUGUUUGCUAGACAGUUUAUGGAUAUUACACGGAGAAGUAACCUCUCCAUCACCUCUGGGAGUUAAAGGGCUAAAGCGCUGAGAAUCUCUCGUAUUUCCUCCACAGGAGGUGGUAUUUAAACAACCGGGAUUUUCUUUACUGAAGGUGGUAGUGAUGACAAUUGGAGAGGUUGACUUUGAAGACAGAUUCAUGCAUUCCCAGAAUAUCACAAACAAGCCGACAUCUUCUCAGACAGCUUCUUUCGUUUUCCUCGGCUUGUUCUUGAUUUUAAUGACAAUUGUACUGAUGAACCUGCUGGUAUGCUUUAAGAUAACAAACUUUUCUGUAACUUUUAAUAGUACUAGUUGGAUGCAUAAUCAACCAACUUUCUAUCACAAACGCAGUAGUCUUAUUGGCUUGACUAUUGUCUAUCUAUUUGACAUAUGGAUCCCAUCUUAACAUGUGUCUAUUCGUUGUGAUAUAUUAACCAUUUAGCCCCUAAGAGUGACGAGCAUCUAAUUGCUCCUUACAAUAUCCCCACUCAAUCACACAUUGAUGUCAUGAGAAUGAAGGAAAUAAUCACCAACUAAAGAAACUCUUGAUUGUUAGACAAAUUCUCCUCGUCAGCACCUUAGUAAAUGUACAGAGAACAGUAUGGAGAUUAUGAAUACUGAUGUCAGAGUGUAGAGGGUUAAGCUGAAUUAUGCGCGCAUUUUGUCUGCUUCUUACUUACGAUGUAUCGGUAGAUAUACAUCCAUAGAUGACAUCACCAUUGACAAUUUUUUUCUUUAUCGUAUAAAACAUACAGAUUCCAUGUAGGCAUGGGUAUGUUCAGGAACAGAUCACAAAAGACCUCAAAAUAAAGAAACAACGUCAGUGACACGCUCGGCUGCGCCUCAUGUGCCAUUUUUUGUCCUUACCACAUUUUGACCUCAUCUGUGAUCUGUUACGGCUGAGCAGACGCUCGGCAACAUAGAAACUUCCUGUGGAAUACACCACAAAUAACGUCUAUUGUAGUUGAAACAAAAAAUUGGAACACGGGACGCAACUGAGUAUUUCACCGACUCAAAAUUCGUAUUAUCAAGACGCUUCUGUGUAAGAAAUGAAACUCAGUGCUACAAUUUGCAGGACGUUGAUCACGGUUGCAUGUUUCACCUACAGGUGGGUCUUGCCGUGGGUGAUAUCGACGCAAUUCGCCGCAAUGCUGCGUUUAAAAGGAUGGCUAUGCAGGUCAUGUAUAUCGUUAGGGUCGAAAACAGCUUCCCGAGGUGUAUCUCGCGGCGUUUUCGCCAUCCAGAAGUAAGUUUGCGGCCAAAUCGUCGAACUCUGAGGAAAAGGUAUGCCGUGAUUGCCAUUCUGAUAAAAAAAAUCACACGUAAAUCUCAAAAAUGUCAGAAAAUUCUAAAAAGCAGCUUUACAACGACUCCAUCAAUGUCUACUUCUCUUUAAUAUCUUUACCAUUCAUUAUCCAGUCAACAGUUAACGAGAAAACUGAUCAGUUAGAAAUUGUUAUUUUGAUCUAACACUACAUUCUCGUCACUGAUUGACAAGGAAAUUUAUAGCAACUUGAGGGGAGAAGUAACAAUCACAUCUUGGGAGUCAAAUUAAGGGUUAAAAUGUUCAUUUCACAAAAUUAUUUCUUUGUCUUCGAUAUUCAGGUUGAUGCUUCUUCUUGGAAUGGAGAUAUCCUCGGGCUUGGACUUUACCCCUCGCGCCAAAGAAGAACCGUUCUCCGGUGUAGUUUUGGAUUAUACUGAGAUUAAGAAAAAGCUUGACCUUACUGAGAAACGCGUCGAAACAUUGGUCGAUAUGAUAGAGGUGCAAAACGCUCUGCUCAGAGAAUUAGUAAAAAAGAUUGAUCCUGGGACCAAGAUGGACAAGAAGAGCAUGGAAAUGGAAGGAUCGACUGUGGAACACGAGCAAGGGAGCACAUCAGCUUCAGGAGAGAAGUGGAUCCUUGACGACCAGCAGCCAUAUGAGAUUAAAACACAACCACACUUGUAUAAAUGUGGAAAGAUCACUUAUGUUUAG